AUUUGUACUAAUAAAUCACCCCCAAUUCCCAAAUUUACCAUCUACUUUUAAGCAUACAGAUUGAUAGGAAAGGGCAAGUGAGAUUUUUAGUUUUGGGGUUUUGACAGAAAGUGAGAAUCUGGGGUUGCCUAAAAUCAAAAAACAAGAGAUGGGUCGAGGAAAGAUCAAGAAAAAGAAGAUUGAUGAUGCUAGAGGAAUCAAAUUCUCUAAAGCUCGUGCUACCUUGCUCAAGAAAGCCCAUGAACUUUCAGUUCUUUGUGAUGCUGAAGUUGCUGUUAUAAUCUUUUCUAGGACUGGACAACUGUAUGAGUUUGCUAGCUCUAGUGUGAACCAAGUGCUUGCACGAUACAACAAAUGUCUAGAAUACUCAGAAGCUUCUAAACUACAGCCGGAGGCACAGAAGAUAACUUCUGACGAGCUAGUUGUUCGGAAAGAGGAGGCUGCACAGAUUACACAAAGACAGACGAUAUUGCUUGGCUAUGACCUUACUGAAUUGGGACUAGCUGAGUUAAAGCAGCUGGAACAGCUAUUGAAUGAGGGGUUACUAUCUGUGAAGGAAAGGAAGGAGCAAAUGUUGAUUUAUGAGAUUGAACAAGCAAGAAUGAAGGAGAAGCAGGUCAUGCUGGAAAAUGAACAGCUCCAGAAACAGAUUGAGGAACUACAAAGCUAUUUGCAAACAAGUGUCCAACGCGUGCCACGUUUUCUGGAGUACAGUCAGGGAGCGAAAACUUUUCAAGAAACUCAUGGCGCCACAGGUCAUGAUACAAUUUAUCCUCGCUUUCAGAAGAUGCAGAUCAUGCCUGAGAACAAAAAUGUUCUGAAACAGUUUGAGGAGCUACAAAGUUAUACACCACCAGUAGCGCAACCAGUUCCACGUUUUCCGGACUACACUCAGAUACAGACAAGUUUCCCGGAAACUCAUGUGACAACAAGUCAUGAUAAAUUCUAUCCUUCUAGUAUCCCUCUCUAGUAUCCCUCUCUAGUAUGUAAACUCAGGAGAAGCAUGUUAUGCCAGAGAACAAAAAUUUGGCGAAACAGGCAGUUUGAGGAGCAACAGAGAAGAGAAGUCUCAAGUUUUCUAGAGUACAGUCAGGAAAAGAGAAGUUUCCCAGAAACCCAUAGUAACCCGGGUCCAGACGCAGUAUGCAAAAGCGGAGCAGAGAAUUCUGGUUUAUGUACAACCCUGGAACUUGGGACUCCAUUUUUGAAGCAGCUGAAGCGGAAAGAACCAGAGCAAGAAACUGCUGAAAUUGAAACUUCUUCUGGAACUGCUGAACGUCAAUAUGACAUGUGAUUCCUGAGCUGAAUUCCGUAUAAACAAGCUCAUGCUUGUUGUUGAGCCACUGGCAAUCUGAUGACAUUAAGAAAAAAUCUGACAUGUUACCUUUCUUUCUAAACGAAAUUGGAUUUCGCUGAAUGUUGUUUAAAUUUCACUGACUGAGCUAAUAACAUGUCAAGUGUAGGUACAUAAUAUCAUAGAUGUUCUCUUUCUCUGGAAAAACUAGAAUCCCUGUAUUGCCUCUUGCGGGGCUUUCAGUAUUCUUUUUCUUUUCUUCGUUUUGAAAUUUGUUUACAGUUGUAUUUUGCCUUGAGUAUUUAGAGGAUAUGCUUUAAACAACGCAUUUCUCUGCAUUGUGCACCUGUUUCCUUGUGUUUAUUCGUGUUUUUGUAAACAAUCAAGUCUAAAGAAGACAAGUAGUAUUUCAGAUUUCCUCAUUUUCAUGUAUA